AUGAAAAGUAUCGCUACAAUUCUGGUUCUCGCCGCGUACUCAUCGCUGGUACUAGCGGAUCUUCCCCACUACACUACCUACAAAAGUUUUCAAACUGCAUUCUACGAAUGUGCAGAAUACUGUCGAGUUCCCAACUGCACCGUUCGACGGUACAUCGAGCAAUCAUACCCACCAGAGGAGGAGGUGAAGAAACUUAUUCGCUGCACGUUGAUUAAUCUGGGUGCUUUGGAUGAUGAUAACGGUGUGCUUCAACAGGUUAUGCGCAACUACUUUGUCCCGCGACCGGAUGACACUUGCUACGAAAGACGAACUCGCGAGUGUCUCGAAAGCAUUGUCUAUGAUGAUGUUUAUACUCGAGCAUACGAAUCGUUCAAGUGCUACCUUCGUAACUAUGGAACUCUCAUCUCGGAUGACGAAUUCGUACCAAACGAACAUCUGGAAUUGGAUCAGUUGGCCCUCACUAGCCUGAUAAUCUCCAAUCUUCCAUUUGACGUCCUAAUCCAGUACUGCAGAGGAAAUAUUCAGGAUGAAAAGCAUUUCCCCGACUUAUUGUACGUGAUAAUGGUACGAGGUGGAUACUAUAGCCCUCAAAACGAUUGGAACUUGGGCAAUUUGUACACUCAGCUAGGCAACGACAUCCUACUGGACCCAUCCACGAAAAAGUGCAUCGCUGACGUCGCAAAGGAGAAAUGUAAUGCCGAUGAGAUUACGAAAUUCUUCGAAACGUGGAAACGGUGUCUUAGCGCGUACGUUCCACUGUUGGAUCAUAUUCAACAUGCGGCUAAGAAAUUGAUUGGAGUGUCUGCUAAAUGCCUCUGCUCUACAUUCUCGUACAAUGGAGGAAACUAG